GGUGGCGGUGGCGCCCCUCGCGCCAGCGCGUAGAACCGCGGCGACUCCGGGGCCGCCGCUGGCCCCGCUGCCAUGAGUUGUGCGGAGGUGAUGUAUCACCCCCAGCCGUAUGGAGCGCCCCAGUAUCUGCCCAACCCCGUGGCAGCUGCAACCUGCCCCACAGCCUGCUAUCAUCCGGCGCCCCAACCUGGCCAGCAGAAGAAGUUAGCGGUAUACAGCAAGAUGCAGGACUCUCUGGAAGUCACGCUUCCCAGCAAACAAGAGGAGGAUGAGGAGGAGGAGGAUGAGGAUGAGGAGGAGGAGAAAGACCAGCCUGCCGAGAUGGAGUACCUUAACUCUCGCUGUGUCCUUUUCACUUAUUUCCAGGGAGACAUUGGGUCAGUAGUGGAUGAACACUUCUCAAGAGCUUUGGGCCAAGCCAGCACCUUGCAUCCAGAAUCUGCCAUUUCAAAAAGCAAGAUGGGGCUAACCCCCUUAUGGCGAGACAGCUCAGCUCUCUCAAGCCAGCGGAGUAAUUUCCCAACUUCCUUUUGGACCAGCUCUUACCAGCCCCCACCUGCACCCUGUUUGGGGGGAGUUCAUCCUGACUUCCAAGUCACUGCACCCCAUGGCACCUUUACAACAGCAGACCCCAACUCUUGGCCAGGACAUGGUCUGCAUCAGACUGGCCCUGCCCCUCCCCCUACUGCAUCCGAGUCCUGGCACUAUCCUCUGGCAUCUCAGGUGAGCCCGUCCUACAGCCACAUGCAUGACAUGUACAUGCGGCAUCACCAUCCUCACGCCCACAUGCACCACCGCCACCACCAUCACCACCACCACCCAGCUGCUGGUUCUGCCCUGGAUCCCGCCUAUGGGCCCCUGCUAAUGCCAUCAGUGCGUACUGCCAGGAUUCCUGCUCCCCAGUGUGACAUCACAAAGACAGAUCCGACUACAGUCACCACUGCUACCUCAGCAUGGGCCGGAGCCUUUCAUGGGACAGUGGACAUCAUGCCAAGUGUGGGCUUUGAUGCAGGUCUUCAGCAUCAGGACAAGAGCAAAGAAUCAGCUUGGUACUGAAUCAUGGUAUUAGCAAGUGAUAUUGCAACCUGAAUCCAAGGGCCACUGGGAAAAGAUGCCAUUGAGAUUUCCUCUCCAGCAAUGGGACACAGGAAAAGUGGAUGGAGAAGAGAACGGAUAAGGCCGUUGUCUUUAGAUCUGAACUGUUUCUGGAGAAAAGAGUGGGUCCUAAACAUUGAAGAGAAGCAUUUUGUCUGUUUUCCCUCAUCUGAGCCUUUGUCAGCUGUGCAACGUCUCAUUUUACGCGCUUGUACCAGAACCUGUGUUAGUUUUUGUUUCCUCUUUUUUUUCUGUUUGAACCAGCCACCUUGUCAGAAGAUGAGCCAACAGAUGAAAUGCUCAUUCCUUCAGGAAAACCAUCGUGUAGCUUUCUCUUCUAUUUUUGUAGAAAUACAGAAACUUUGAUUGAGCAUGGAGGGGAUAUCUUUGAGGGAUGUAUUUUUUUUUUUAAUAUUGUAACAAUUGUUGAGUUCUGUUUAAAGAACUUGCUCUCAGAAAAGCACUGGUCAAAACGUGUUGAAGUGCAGCUCUUUAAAGUGUCGGGGAUACUCUGUGUCUGUGCUUCCGAGGGUACCUCAAGGGUUUCAGCCUUUCUCAGCAGUGGCGCUAUCAUGACAAACUAGUGCAGCAUUGAAUUUAUACUGAAUCUCAGUGAAGAUGUAAUUCCAUUAUGGUUCCCUUAGUUUGCAGUUAUAUAAGUGCAGUUUAAAAAGGCAGUUUCUUUUAAAGGGACACAGAUUAUAGCAUAUUUUAUUACUUUUAUUUCUCCCAAAAGAUUUCUUGGAGGUUGACUAACAAGAUAGUUUAGCUUAAUGAACAAAAAGUCAUCUCUCUAUAGUCCAUCCAAUCUUUAUAAUUGGGAAAAGAGCUUAUGCACACCUUUGUUCAAUACAGGAAAAACAAUGCAUUUAGCCAUGAUAGCUGUGUAUACCAGUGACUAUCUUUCCUAAUUUCUAACCAUUCAUUUAUGGCAGUUUUGAAAGUCAUACUUUGAAGAAAUUUAUUUCCUGUAGUGAAUUCAAAUGAGUAGCUUCAGGAAAGGAGGAAGGCACAUGACAAAGCACUGACUGUUCCUCUCCAUUGUAAACUGACAAGUAAUGUAUUCUAUAUGUAAUGAUUUAAUUGAAGCAUGUUGCAAGAUUUUAAUUUUCUUUUAAGUGCAAUUAGUUUUGAAAAAUUGCAGAAAAAUCAGAGCGGCAAUGAAUUUAAUUUUAUACUUCAAUUAAUUGCAAAAACUGAGUUAAAAAUUGAAAGUUUGAGAAAUGAAACUCACAUGGGCCACACAUAAAAAAAAGUGAAGUGUUGGGAUUAUUAACCUAGAGAGAAGAUUAAGCCAAUAUUAUGAUUAUGAAGGUAGCGGUGACUGGCAAAUCAAAGACACAGUCUCUUGUUCCUUUCAGUUGCUCCCAGCCAAUGGUUAUAUAGGAACUGAGUGUGGUACAUAUGUUUGUAUUUGAUAAUUUUCUCAUUUCUUUCAACCCACACAAAACAGUAUGUUGAAAAAUGUGCUACUUUCUGUUUUUAAUUGUGUACAUCGUGGGUGUGAAUACUUUACACAUUAACGACACAACUCCUUUCCUAACAUUUUCCUUGCCUGUAUCAUAGGCAUUACUUUCUCCUCCUUCUGUAUUUGCAUUCUAAUCCCAUAUCAUUGCUUGUAUCUACAGACUGCACCAUUUCUUCAUCUUGGUUUUCUUUAACACAGUCUUCACAUUCCCCCACCCUCCAUGGAGUCUAGACUUAUAGUAGCUUCCACUUGCUGAUAUAUAAUUUAAAUAUCCAGACAGUGGCCUCAUUAAAUUCUGUUCCUUUUUGUCUGGACAUUGAUUUAAAAAAAAAGAUUUUAUUUUUUACAUGCACAGACAUGUGGACCACAGAGUUGAAUGAAUCUGUCAAAUUCAUUUUGGCUUGAGUCCUCCUGAGUUUUGAGACCCAAGCUCUCAACAUCACGCAGGUGGGAGAUUCAUUGGCUGUUGUGUCAUCUUGUCUAGG